AUGAGUUCUCCAUUGAGUUCUGGUGUUGACGAGCAACUUGUCAAGGAUAUUUUGGAUAGACUUCGAAUCAAUUUUGGAGGAAUCCUCGACAAACUUCAAACUCCAGAAAGAACUUUGGAAAUCGCAAAACUCUAUGCUCAAUUUUGCAAACUUGAACAACAAAACAGCGAUGUUGAAGACAUCGUCUUCAAACUUCAAUUGGAUCAUUUCGAGAGAGCGGAGGCUUAUAAGGAAGAAACUGCGGAGAGAAUUGCGCGAACUGAUUUAUCGAUUGCACGAGCAACUGAAGCCGGUUGUGGACAUAUGCUGAUUAUGAUGAAAAGUUUUUUAAUGGUUGUUAUUGAACAAAAAACUGAGCUUAUUCUUGAAAGGAAAGUUGAAUUGGAUGGAUAUAUGGAGAAAAGUUGGUUUUUUUUUUUGAUUUAUGACUCACGUCAGAAACUAAAUUGAUUUUUUCAGUCCAAAAAAACAAGGCGAUUCUAAAGGAGGUUGAAGAAGACAUCAAAUUAAUGUUCCUCUCCAAACCAAAGCCUUCUGAUUCUGCUGACAAUACUGAAUAG